CGGACAACAAUAACAACAACAACAUUGAAACAAAAUGUCAAAAAUUGUAAAAAGAAUGGAUUGACCAAAAAAAUAACAAUGAAAUCAAAAAAUGGCACAUCAACAUCAGCAGUAGUAACAUUGAAUAAAUCAAAACGUGUACGAACAAUAUUUACACCCGAACAAUUGGAACGUUUAGAAAAUGAAUUUGAAAAACAGCAAUAUAUGGUCGGUACUGGACGACUUUAUCUAGCAUCAACACUUAAUCUGACUGAAGCACAAGUUAAAGUUUGGUUUCAGAAUCGUCGAAUUAAAUGGCGAACCAAUCUUUUUCGUUCCAUUUGCCAACAUGAAAGAUCAAUCAGAUGUUUUUCGACCGUUAAUUCUACAAACAAAGUUAACAACAACAACAACGAUGGUAAAGUAACCGAAGAUAUGACCAAACAAUCUGACGAAACAAAUUCAAGCACCAAAGAUCAGGUGAACGUGGAAAAUUUAAUGAAAGAAAAUAAAACGCUACUCGAAACGGUUAAAGAUCUUGAUGAUAAAUAUAAACGUGCAUUGGCCGAAGCAGAAAAUACUCGAUUAAGAGCAAAAAAACAAUUGGACGAUGCAAAAAUAUAUGCAAUUCAAGCUUUUUGUAAAGAUUUAUUGGAAGUUUCAGAUAUAUUCAAAGCAGCCAUUGAUUCGGUAUCUGAAGAAACCUUAAAAUCAAACAAUGAUUUAAAAAAUCUUUAUGAUGGUGUUAAAAUGACUGAACAAAAAUUGAUGAACGUUUUUCAACGACAUGGUCUUUGUCAGAUUAAUCCAUUGGGUUCAAAAUUCGAUCCAAAUGAACAUCAUGCAUUGUUUCAAGUGGAUGAUACCAGUAAAGAACCGGGUACAGUUUCACAGGUUACAAAAAUUGGUUUCAAACUUCAUGAUAGAACUAUACGUCCGGCAAUGGUCGGUGUUGUCAAAAGUCAAUGAUUAUUUUAUUUAUCUAAUAAUGAUCUUUUGUAAUUUGUAAUUUUUAUAAUUCAUCAAUGAAAUUGUUCAAUA